AUGAUAGUGGUAGCUCGAGGCAAUAGGAGUGGAGAAGAUGGUAUCCCCAUGCUGCUUAGCAUAAUUGGUUUUGGGGACAUAAUCUUAUCGGGGCUUCUAGUCGCAUUUUCACUAAGGUAUGAUUGGUUGGCAAAGAGGAACCUUCGGUCUGGAUACUUCGUGUGGGCAAUGAGUGCUUACGGUUUAGGUCUCCUUCUAACAUAUGUUGCUUUGAACUUGAUGGAUGGGCAUGGUCAACCAGCAUUGCUUUAUAUCGUCCCGUUUACUCUUGGCACAUUUUUGUUAUUGGAAAAGAAGAGAGGUGAACUCAAUCUUUUAUGGAUAAGAGGGGAACCAGAAAUGCCUUGCCCUCAUAACCAAGAGUCUCAACAAUGAACGAAGUGAUAAUAGGGAUAGUAGUAUAGUGUACCAUAGGUGUUGGUUUAAUAGGAGACUA